CGUAGAGAAGAGUAGAUCGCGAGAAUGUGAGGGAGAUCAACAUGACAUGCCUGAGGCCCCAUUGGCGGGUGCUGACUCAGCCAGGCAACCAGGCUCAGCGAACGGACCAAUCAGCGGGGCAUGAUCAUCCACGCACAUCUGAAAGUCUAGUGACUAGCGGUCGACAUCAUUGUUCUUUCUUGUUAGUUCUUGUUACUUCUCGCCUCCUGUUUCUUCUCUCCCACACACACGACUACUGCCGUCUCCCCCUUGGCAACUCUCGCACGGCCUUGACUGCCGAACAAUGCUUGCAGCUUCCCCCAUCCCCGGCUCCAACUGACCCCUUCCUUCCCCUUCCCCUUGUCUAGUCCCUUUCCCCAUGGCAGACCUCUCCACUUCUCCCGGUCGGAAUCCCGACUCCGACCCAAGGGAGGCUAGCAACAAUAACACCAACGAGGACAACAACCACAUUCUGUCCCAACAUCUCCAUCCUCAGUUCACUGCUUCAUUACAAGAUGAACUGGUCCCACCUCCCGGAGACGCGCCAGCCGAGCAGAGCAGCGGGGAGGCUCCAUCCGAGCCCCAGUCCUCGUUGAAGCUGCAAGGCGGCGACAUCCAUCGGGAUCUCUACCGCAUCGAUGCCAAAUCGAAGCAGGCUCGCCUGGACAAACGGGCGGCCACCUUCUCCUUUCUUCCAAGACACGCAGAUGAUGCCGUGGAAGAAGGUGUCGCCUCCCUGGAGCCAGGGAGCUUCCGCCGUCAUUUCAUCCAGAACAAGUACGGUCGUCUCGAUCAGCCCGGCGUAACCUCUUCCUUCCUCGAUUUCCUCGACAUUUACGGUAACUUUGCAGGGGAAGACCUCGCCGAUACCGAGGAGGAAUCCGCCAUCGUCGAAGAAGAGGACGAGAGAGAGAUUUCCGAGCGGACUGCCCUCUUGCGGCGACAAAAGAGCUCGCGAGCCAGUCGCCCAGGCGAUGCGUCCAACGUCAAGACCUUCUUUACUCUCCUCAAGGCCUUUGUCGGGACGGGAAUCAUUUUCUUGCCCAAGGCCUUCCGCAACGGCGGUAUCCUCUUCUCCUCCAUCACCCUCGUAACGGUCGCGUUGAUUAGCACGUUGUGUUUCCAUCUGCUGCUCGAGUGUCGGAGACAGCACGGCGGUGGCUAUGGCGACAUCGGCGAGCGGAUUGCUGGUCCCCGACUUCGGACCCUGAUCCUCGCGUCCAUCGUAAUCUCGCAAUUGGGCUUUGUGUGUGCCUGCAUCAUUUUCACGGCUGAAAACAUUCACGCCUUUGUGGAGGCAGUGACAAAGAAUCAGACGACCGCCGUCUCGAUCGGUGGGUUGAUCGCUCUCCAACUGCUGGUACUCAUUCCAUUGUCCUUGAUCCGAAACAUCUCCAAGCUUGGUCCGAUCGCGUUGCUGGCGGAUGUGUUCAUCCUGGUGGGGCUGGCAUACAUCUACUGCUAUGACAUUGCUAGUCUCGUGUCCCGUGGCAUGGCGUCGACAGUAGAACUCUUCAACCGGCAGUCGUUCACCCUGACGAUCGGCUCGUGCAUCUUCACGUUUGAGGGCAUUGGACUGAUCCUGCCCAUCCAGUCGUCCAUGAAACGGCCAGAGCACUUUGACAAACUCCUAUAUACUGUCAUGGCCAUCAUUACCGUUCUUUUCACGGCGGUUGGGGCUCUGUCGUAUGCUACCUUUGGCGACGAGACUAAAACCGAGAUUAUCAGUAACCUGCCGCGCACAGACCGCUUUGUCAACGCUCUCCAGUUCUUCUACUCGCUCGCCAUCUUAGUGAGCACACCCAUUCAACUCUUCCCCGCUGUCCGCAUUCUGGAGGGCAAGCUGUUCGGUCAGGGAUCUGGCAAGCGCGAUCCGAUGAUCAAGUGGAAGAAGAACGUGUUCCGGACAGGGGCCGUUGUGUGUUGCGGACUGAUUGCGGCCGUAGGAGCAGGGGAUCUCGACAAGUUCGUGUCCUUGAUCGGAUCCUUCGCAUGUGUGCCGUUGGUGUAUAUCUACCCGGCGUACCUGCAUUGGAAGGGGGUGGCCGAGUCGCCAUGGGUCAAACGGGGGGAUAUCGCGAUGAUGGUGCUGGGGGUGGUGUUUAUGGUGUACACGACUAGUGCCACCGUAUCUGUCUGGCUGGAGGGAUCUUCUUAGAGUGGCCAUCGACAUGGCAUGCGUAGGGUCCGGCGUCUUGGUUUUGCAUCUUUCGUUGGAGGGGUUCGGCGCCCUGGCUCAGUUUGUCAGUCACUCAUCACAAUUGCUUGCCCGGCUUGCCCGCAACUAACCCCAGCGUCCAGGCUUUUGCUCAAUCCAUCCACC